GCGUCGGACCUGGCGGCUUCGCGGUGGGCUCGGUCAGCGCGUGUGCAAAGCAGUGUGGAAUGGGCUAGUGCGGCAGCAAAGUUCCGUCGAGUCGAUGCAUCGCUGCCGCUGGCUGCGGGAUCGGCGUGCCUUCUUACAGCUUGGGCUCCGGUUGUGGAAAACAAGCAGAAGCGGCUGCGACAGGGUCAUUGGCCUACACGGUCUCAUGGUGCGGCGUCUUUGAGUGCAGUGGACCAGUCUCGCCAAGCAGGGGAGGACAAGCAACGUCGUCGCUGGCUCGCUCAACUCCAGCGCUUGAUCGCCACGUCCGGGCUCCCAGCUGCGGAAGCCGGAAUUUCUGGUCGGGUGGGCAAGGGCAGGCGAGCUUCCACCUUACGGAAGCAUGUCAAAACGUGGGAGCGCGUCGUGGCAUGGGUUCGAAGCGCUUUUGGGGUCAGCUGGCCCUCCGCAGACCACUUUGCGGCGUAUCUGCAGGCCCGGGCUUCCGAGCCUUGUGGACGAUCGGUUCCAGGCAGCUGCCUGAAGACUUUGAUGUUUAUGGAGUCAGCCGGGGAGGUGUCGCUAGACUCUAAAAUCAGUCGCUGCCCCGUCAUACGCAACACUAUGGAAGAGUUGGCACUGGCUUUGGGCAAUCAAGAUCUACGCGGCCGCCGCCAGGCCAACCAACUGCUGGUCUCUCAGGUCAAAGCCUUUGAAGGACUGGUGAUGAACGAGCAAGCUCCUCGCUAUGUUCGUGCUUUUGCUUGGUUCAAGUUGGUGAAGCUUUGGGGAUGCUUGCGAUACUCUGACACGGAAGGCAUGCCGGCAAGGGCAGUUGUCGUGGACGAGCGUGGUUUGAGUGCUCGCCUGGAGCGCACUAAAACGACAGGUGCAGGCAAGAAGAUUGCGGUGCUUUAUGCUUAUGUUUCUUCUGCAGCUUGGCUGGUGGAACCAUGCUGGCUCCGAGUGGGUUGGCAGCUUUGGCAAGCCAUGGGUGAUGAGACAGCUGCUGCUUCGCGUGAUUUCUUCUUGUUGCGGCCAGCAGCUGGCCUUCAGGGCUGCACUGCCAGAAUGGCGCGGUAUUACCAUGCUUCGGCCAUGUCUCAAGCGUUGUUCCGAGAACUCCGGACUGACGGUGUGGAUGGUCGGGAGCUUAUGGCGCUUGGGCUGGGAGUUCUUUGGAGUGAGCAUUCCGAGCGUGCUACCAUGCGCAGUUGGGCAGCUUGCUGUCGUGUUGGAGAGCUGGCGGGCAAACAGCUAGGGCGAUGGCAGAUGUCGGUGGACGAAGCUUACAUUAGAUCUGUGCGUGGCAAUGUGGAGGCUGCUCAAAGGAAAGUUGCUCGCGUGCUGCGGCGUGGAAUUGGUGGGCGCGAUCUUCUGGACGAAGCUAGUGUGCUGUCCAAGGUGGCAUCGCGUUUAGAAGAGCUGGGCUUUGAUCCGGAGUCGGUUUCCGUGCAGGUUGCCUUGCUGUCUUCCUUUGCCACCAAGCAGCUGGACGACGGUUCGGCCACUGAGGAAGAACUCUCGGACGAGUCGGAGGCACAAGUGGCAUCUCCGGCGGACAUGGACGCAGAAGACAAUGCUGAGGAUGCAGCUGACUGGCAUUUGGGCUUGUUCUUCGUCAGUUUGACUGGGCAGCAUGGGCGCCAACAAACGCUGCACAAGGGCGGCGAAUGCCAUCGAGUGCCUGGCGUCCACUACCGGCACUUCAAACAGUUCGGUGAUCGCUGCCCAGCUCGCGAGGAGUAUCGGCGCAAGUGUCGGGAUUGCUUCCCGUCUGGUGAACCAGUUUCCAUCGAGGAAAGUCAGCGCCAGGACGUGUCUUUGCAAACACAAGCGAUGCUAGCUUCCAAGAAGGUGAAGUCCAUCGGACGGUUGGCUGCUGUGGCGGACGACCGCAGCGGCGUCCGCGAGUUCUGCAACACAGUUCUCGGGUUGAAAAGUGAUGUGGCAGAUGGUGCAGUGGAAGUGGCCAGCGUGGUCGAUGCUUGGUCUUCUGCUCAAGUGCGCGUUGAAGCUCGUCACAAGGCGGAGGCGGAGGCGGUCGUCGGGGGCUUGCCGAAAGUCGUUGCACGUACAGAGUUGUCACAGCUGCGUGAUCGGUUUGAGCAGUCCUUCUUCAAGCUACCCGAUAAACUCAUGCCGGCCAAUGCGACCUUGGAGCAGCAUUUUGACAUGUUGGACAAUGGAGAGUUCACUGCCUUAUCGUUGAGGGAGUACGCCUCUAAAGACGAUGCGUCUCAAGAGCCAUUCGCCGCUACCAUCGAUCGCAGCACUGGAGCCAUCAAAGUGCGGAAAGGCCAUAUGCAGAUGCCGUUGCCGACGUCUUCAGAAGAAUUGCGUUUGCGUUUGCGUGUGGUGGCUCAUUGUUUUGUGAUGUGCUCCUUGCGCUAUCCGCACAUGCCGGUGCUCCAGGGAAUC